CCAUUCGAAUAAACACACAGUGCAAACGGUGGUGAAGUAAAAUUUCGAACAAAAAAUAUAUAUAAAUACCUAUACAAACAAAACAAAAACAACAUGAAUUUAUAUCUCACUGCAACCUGUAUCCUGCUGCUGUCUGCUGGCGCCUUCGCUGAUCCCAUUAAGGAUAAUAAUGUCGUCACACCGGCUAGUGGUUUUAAUAAGUGCUUGGAAGCUGAUUCCAUCUCGUGCCUGCAAUUGACGCUCUUCCGUAAAGCGAAAUCGUUCUUUGAAAAUCCACAAAUCGAAAUUUUCGGCGGCGUCUCACUGAUCAAAUCCAACGAAGGGCGCCAGGGUAAAUCACUCGAUGACAAUGCCGUCGCCGUUGAGGCUGCACCCAGCGUUGAGGCACGCACCAGUGAAAUGGGCACCUACUUCAUGAAUCACGCCAAGAACUUCUUCGCUGAACGUUCAUUGAACUUCAACUUCGCUAAUGCCGCACGCUCCGUAGCUCGUGCCAUACCUGAUGACAUCAAGGCCGAUUUGCGUGAAUUGGUUGUUGAGUCGCGUACCAAGAAGAAGAAGUUGUUGAAAAAAUUCUUGCCCAUCUUGUUGGGUGUUGGUGCUAAGAUCGCUGUUUUGGGUGUUGGUGCUAUCUUCGGUCUGCUCUUCUUGGCCAAAAAAGCGCUCGUCGUGUCCGUCAUUGCCUUCUUCUUGGCCUUGGCUGCUGGUGCAUCAAGUGGUCUCAGCCGUUUGGGCGGCGGCGGCGGCGGUGGUCUGCUCGGCGGUCUUGGUGGUCUCUUCGGUGGCAAGAACUCUGCCGGUGCUGGUGCUAGUUCUGGCGGUUGGUCAUCCGGUGGUGGCAGUUCAGGCGGUUGGUCAUCGGGCGGUAACUCCGGUUGGGAUUCACAUGGUGCCUACAGCUCACCAGUUGCGCAAACUAUUGCCUACUCUGGUUACAAGCAAGCCAGACGAUAAGCUAGCGUGAUUCAUGGUGGAAGUUGAAGCGUGUGCUAAUUGCGUUAAAUUUGCAUAUUGGCGCGCUGAAAAGCCAAAAUAAAAUACUUAGGGUAAUGUAAACAAUACAAAACGAAGCAAACUACAAACUACAACCUACAGAUUAUAAACUACAAACAAAAAAAAACGAGAAAUAAACAAAAAGCAAAUAAUUUUCUCAAGCAUGUGGCUAAACUGUGAACGCCUGGGAAUGCAUCGGAAGGACGAUGGAUGAUUCAGCGAGUAACCGCAUGCUGGUGGCAAACGAACUGCAACGAAGUCUUAACAGUAAAUGCUAAAAAAGCGAAAAAAACACAAGAAAAACUUAAUUUAUUAUUAAUUUAUAUUAAUUUAUUUAUUAUCGCAAAUAUUUAUUUUGUAAUUGAUGUAAUGAAAUGUUAAACGACAAAGAAAAGGACGAAAGACGUUUGGAACAGCGGAAUGCAAAGCAAAAAUGCAAAACGAUUAUUCGUGUGCCUGAGGCAGUAAAGAGUUGAUCGGGAAGUGAGCGGCUCACACACACGCACCUACAUACAUGCACACAUUGAACCACUGCACUGUGUGAUUGUUGGCUUAACGUCAUCAUCAUGAUUCAUUUUUCGAUCAUUGUAAUUGAUUUAAAUCUUCAUCUAUUUUCAUGAUUUAACGUAACUUUUGAGCGUAAUGUUUUCAUACAUUUACAUUGCUUGUUGCAUCUGUAUGUAUGUAUGUAUGAUACUACAUACAUGCAUCAUUUUGUUGUGGCUGUUGUUGUUAUCACGAAAUCACUGCCAAGGUCAAAACGAGGAAGCUAUUUCCAACAUCUAACUAUGGUUGUAUACAUACACACAUUUGUUUGUUUGUUUGAUUUCGUGUGGACAUCGACACGCCGACGACAGCUACACCUGCCACACAUACGACUGUUGCACAUAUAUAUAAGUCAUUUAAUUCGCACAUAUAUAAAUAACAUCGUGUAUUCUUACAUAUAAUACUAGUCAGCUGAUUGUGCAACGUGAACAGAAAAAGCGAAAUUAAAUCAUCACCGUUACCACUACUACAUACUGCACUUUACUACCAUUUCCUGCUGCUAUGUGACCUCUGUAUUUCUGGUGCUAUCUGCUACUACUACACUUGUAGUAUUUUCUACUACGUUUUCUACUACUAUUUCAAAACUAUUUCUACUACUA